ACGUCUGCCUCGUGUCUUUGUUUACAUUUUGGCAGAAGAGGCUGAGCGGCAACCUGUUUCCCGCCAAAGCUCCAAGUGCCGUCCGCGGUUUGCUCAUUCGCGCUCUCACGAAGUCGGCCCUAUUCAUAGCAUUGCUCUGACAUAAUUUCUCCAUUUGUGUUGAGAGGUGUGCUUCCAAAAUGUAUAUUAAAGUGCGGUCCAUGGAUGGCAGCCAGACGGCUGUCCUCACCAUUUCGAAGACAACCCAGGUGGAAGACUUGCGGAGCCUUGUGGAAGAAAAAUUCCGUGUGGCACCCGAUAGGCAACGCUUAUUUUAUCGAGGCAAACAGAUGGAAAAUGGACACACACUAUUUGAUUAUAAUAUUAACAUCAAUGAUGUUGUGAUGUUAAUGGUUAAACCAGUUUUGUCUGACAUUACUGUCAGUAACAUUCCAAGCCAAAGUUCUCCUGUGAAGAAGGAUUCCAGUGCUACAGAAAAGGAAAAUAAACAGGGCAAUGACCAAGACAAAGAAUGUGAAUUAUUGAGUGAAUACUACAGAAGUGACGACUUGAUUGAUGGAAAACAUCUGGAGGCUGGAACUUGGUGGGAGGGCAAAAUUGUAAAGAUCUCAAAGAACCCCAAAAAGGAUGUUGAAGAUGGCCUGCUUUAUCACGUUGUGUUUGAAGGGUAUGAUGAAGAUCAACCAAGUUUACUCACACUUAAAUGCAUCCGGCCUCGUGCAAAAUCAACCAUCAAGCUUGAUGAACUUAAUCCUGGUGAUAUAAUAAUGGCCAAUUAUAACCUGGAGGAACCAAAGGAACGAGGUCAUUGGUAUGACUGUAAAGUUACCAAAAUUUUGAAUACGAGAACCCAGAAAGAAGUUAUUGCUACCGUCUUCCUAGGUGUAGAUGCCUCUCCUUUAGAUGAUUGCCAUAUCAGAUUUGUGGAUGAACUUUACCAAAUUGAAAAGCAUAUCAAAAUGAUUGAUAGAGAUCCAGAAAUGGAUCACCACAUGAGGACUGGCUCUCCUACAAAGAGAAUUAAUGCUCCAAACUGUAACACCUGCAAAGAUAACCCAAGAAGGAAAUGCAAAGACUGUGGUUGCCAUGAGUGUGGGGGCAAAGAUAACCCAGGGAAGCAACUCAUGUGUGAUGAGUGUAACAGCGCCUUUCAUAUCUAUUGCCUUAACCCACCUUUGGAAGCUAUACCAGAUGUUGAAGAAUGGUUUUGUCCUCUGUGUAAAAAUGAUGAUACUGAAAUAGUGAAAGCUGGGGAGAAGCUUAAGGAAAGCAAAAAGAAGGCCAAAAUGGCAUCUCAAACAAACAAGUCCAACAGAGAUUGGGGGAAAGGAUUUGCAUGUGCUGGCAGACAGAAGGUCUGCACGCUUGUUCCUCAGAAUCACUAUGGUCCUGUUCCUGGAGUGGAAGUUGGAACACUUUGGAAAUACAGAUUACAGGUUUCAGAGGCAGGAAUCCAUCGGCCACAUGUUGCAGGAAUUCAUGGUCGUGAGAGUGAGGGUGCUUACAGCAUAGUAUUGUCUGGUGGAUAUGAGGAUGAUGAAGACAAUGGCGAUAGCUUCACCUAUACAGGGUCAGGAGGUCGGGAUCUCUCUGGUAAUAAGAGAACAGCUGAACAGUCUUGUGAUCAACUUUUAACAAGGAUGAACAAAGCUUUAGCGUUGAAUUGCAACGUACCUAUCAACAAAAACGGUGCAGAAGCUAAAGACUGGAGAGGAGGAAAACCUGUUCGUGUAGUGAGAAAUGAAAAAGGACGUAAACACUCCAAAUAUGCACCCGAGGAGGGUAAUAGGUAUGACGGUAUAUAUAAGAUAGUCAAAUAUUGGCAGUCUACAGGUAAAAGUGGAUUUAAAGUUUGGCGUUAUCUUCUGCAGCGUGAUGAUCCUACUCCUGCUCCAUGGACUAAAGAAGGGAAGAAGAGAAUUGCAGAACUGGGUUUAGAAAUGCAGUAUCCUGAAGGGUAUUUGGAGGCACAAAAGGAAAAAGAGGAAGCAAAACAAAGGCUAAGUGAAGGAAAUUCAUCAGAUAGUGAAGGAGAGAAGCCAAAGUCAAAGAAGAGGAAAAAUAAGGAAAAUAUGGAAGAGGAUUUGAAAUCUCCAGCAUCAAAAAAACAGAAGGUUGUUGGCUAUACAUUAGACAAAGAAGUAACAGAUUGCAUAUCUGAAGACGUUAAAAAUGUUAAGCUGUGGAAGGAGUGCAGAGAACAAUUAUCCAAUGGAAGAUCUCAAUUCCUGAAUGCGGUUGAAGAAAGAUUUCUCUGUAUCUGUUGUCAAGAGCUGGUGUUCAAGCCUGUCACAACUGAAUGUAAGCAUAAUGUUUGCUCACCGUGUCUUCAGCGAUCAUUUAAAGCAGAAGUAUACUCUUGUCCUGCAUGCCGUUAUGACUUGGGCCAAGACUACAAAAUUGAUGUGAACAAACACUUGAGCAAGAUCCUAAUAACACUCUUCCCUGGAUACGAUGCAGCACGAUAAUUUUUUUUCUUCUUUUUUUACAAUAUUAUAAGGUGUACACCAUGCAUUUCAUUGGUACUUUUAGUGGUUUUCUUCUGUGAGAGAAAGAAUUUGACUGGCAGAUUCUGUUAAGAUAAAAUGAGCUGAAUUGUCAAGAUUCAUGAAUGCUUCUCCCAAUUUAUACUUAGUGCAUUUUUACUGUGAUGUAUGAAUUUGACAAUUUGGUUUUUAUUUCUCAAGUUAAGAAUGAUAGUGCCUUGGAAUAUUUUAUUAUAUAGUAUGUUGUAUUGACCAUUACAGCAUUUUUUCCUUUAGAUGAUGGCAAUAUACAGCAGUCUAGCCUAUAGGUCAGAAGAGAGAUUUUACAAGGUAUCAUGGGAGAAUGAUACAAUAGUGUGUAAGAAAGGAACACAUUAUUUCUAGAAUGUUUACAUUUUAUAAUUUCCCACUGUUUUGCUAGUAGCCAUUUUUGCUGGAAAUGCAUUGGUGGUAUCUUUUUAUGAGAAAACUUUACUCUUUAGAAAGGGGAUACUUCCUUUUUUUAAUGUUUUGUUUUGGCAAUUUCUCUACUUGCUUUCUAGAUAUCACUUUAAAAAUCAAUUUAAAAAAAAAUGCUAGUUAUGAAAAGAAAGUUUCUCUCUCUCUCUCUCUCUCUCUCUCUCUCUCUCUCUCUC